AUUUUUACAGUUUAGAAAGUGCACUCGGUGAAAGUGGAUGCACUUUUGUCGCGCGCGCUCUCUCGAGGAUCUAAUUCGGGGUUGUUUAGCAAUACUGUGUGUCCUCAGGGAUUUUAUUUUUUCGAAAGUCAAGUGCGCAGUUUGUGUGGGGUUCGACAAGCUUUCCGAAUUUUCAGCAUGAUUUUGCAUCGAAAGUGCGUAAAUUGAGCUCGAAAUCGAUUCUAGAGUUAGGAUGGACCUUGUGCGAGUAAAGUGUCGUGAGAAUUGAUAAGUUUUUGUUGGGUUUUUUUCCUUUGCCUGAGGGAGGAAAAGCGUUUGAGCAAGUGAACUUUUGAACGGUCACAUAACUAGCUGAGCCCUGACUUACAUGUAUCCCUUAUAUAACCAACCAGCACGGAUUGGGAAAAUUGUUUGCUCGAAUUUUGUGUACUGUGCGAAAAUGUUCAAGAAAAAAUAAAUAACUCAACUUGUUUUUUUUGGUAAGUCUUUGGAAUUACAUCAGAAUACACUAUAGUAAGCAGUCGAUUUCCACAAGCUAGUAAACACACUGUUGUCACUUAGAACGAGCUUGCUAGAAGCUUUCAGAAGAUACCAGUCGAUCUGAACCAGUUUGCGCGGGAAAUCACCGAGAACGGAACGAAACAUCGCACCAACCGCCAACAGUGAUGGGAUUGGACUUUAUCCAGGGUGGCAACGCCGACUACGAGAAUGCGCUCAUCCUGGCCGGCUUCGGCCGGUUCCACUACUGGCUGCUCGGCAUCUGCGGGCUGAUCUACGCCAAUACGGCCGUCGGAAUCACCAUCAUCUCGUUCGUCCUACCGUCGGCGACGUGUGACUUCCGGAUGACGUCCGAGGACAAGGGCUGGCUGACGGCCGCGCCCAUGCUUGGCAUGGUGAUCGGUUCGUACUUUUGGGGCUGCCUCGCCGACACCAAGGGCCGCAAGAUCGUGCUGAUCGCGGCCCUGCUGCUGGACGGCCUGUCCGGCCUGCUGUCGUCGGUGACGACCAUCUUUGGCCUGUUCAUGCUGCUGCGGUUCAUCAACGGAUUCGCAAUCACCGGUGCCAUGGGCAUUUGCUUCCCCUACCUGGGUGAAUUCCAGCCGACCAAGUACCGCGAGAAGGUCCUCUGCUGGAUGGAGAUGUUCUGGACCGUUGGCAUCAUCCUGCUGCCGAUCAUCGCGUGGCUCAUCAUCCCGUUGACCUUUCACCUCCAGUUUGAGUGGGUCGUUGGCUCGCUUGGGAUCACGUGGGUCUUCAGCAGCUGGCAGCUGUUUGUGGCGGUUUGCGCCCUGCCCAGUCUGGUCCUCGGGCUGAGUCUGUUCAUGUUCCCGGAGAGUCCAAAGUUCCUGGUGGAGUGCGGCGAAACCGAGCUGGCCCUCGAAAUCAUCAAGGAUAUCUACGUGAAGAACUCAAGACGCGAUCGCACUGAAUAUCCGAUUCACGGCCUCAAGGGCAACGACAAGGUCAACAACAUAAUGGAAACGCACAAUCGCUCCAAGCGAACGCUCAGCCUGGGCAAACCGAACCACCUGAUGAUCCUCCUGAACGAAAUCUGGGACCAGACCAAGGCCCUCUGUCACCCACCCCACCUCAAGCGAACCAUCCUGACCUGUGUGAUCCAGUUUGGCAUCACGAGCAGCUACUACACGUUGAUGAUCUGGUUUCCGGAGCUGUUCGAUCGGUUCGAACAGUACGAGACGCGAUUCCCGGACACGUCGGCGUCCGUUUGUGACGUUUCGUCGAUCGUGCUGGGCAGUGACGUCAACGGGACGAUGGUGGACGAGUUUUGCAGCGGGAAAAUUGAUACGAGCGUGUAUUUGCACACCGUGUUUAUCGGGCUGGCCUGUAUUCCGACCAGCUUUUGGCUGCCGCUGUGCGUGCACCGACUUGGGGCCAAAUUCAUACUUGUCAUCAGCUUGCUGCUGGCGGGUGCCGUUUCCGCCGGGCUCUACUUUGUGCACAACUCGCUGCAAAAUCUGAUCCUGUCCUGCAUCUUCGAGGCGCUCACGUCGAUGGCCAUCAGCACGGUGUACUGCGUCAUGGUGGACCUGUUUCCGACCAAUUUGAGGGUUAUGGCAGCGGCCCUAUCCUUGACCUUUGGCCGCGGUGGCGCCCUGGUGGGGAACCUGCUUUUUGGUUACCUGAUCGAUCUGAACUGCGUUGUUCCAAUUGUGAUGUUUUCGAUUUUGUUAUUUAUAAGUGGCUUUUUAUGUUUCUUCCUACCAAGCACCGGAAGUGAGGCCCUGGCGUGAAUGUCAUCAUGAACAAACGUCGUUGUUGAUACCUUUGUAGUUUUAUUU